AUUAUAUUUUCUUUGUUCUUUUUUUUUUGAUAAACUAAUUUUGUAAAGUAACAAAAUCACCCGCUUUUGUAGAAAGUUUUUAGAAUAUUAAUUUCUUGUCAAAGAUUUAAUAUAAUUUUUAUCACAUAUUUCACUUCUAUAGAGAAAAUUUUCAGGAUCAUGAUGGCUUAUAAGAACAAAUCUUGAAGUGAAAUGUUUGGGUAUCUAUUCUCUGGAUUCACAACCCGUUGUUUGUGAUUAGAGAGGAGAUUUCCAAAGUGUUUUGGAUAACUAUAAUCGUAUAAGAGUUUUAGAAGCACUUUACAUUAGGCUUUAUGGUGGGAUAUGACAUAUCUAUAAUCAUAUUCCGGAAUCUGAACUUAUAUCACAUAACUCAUUUAUGGUACUAAAAUUUAGUGGACCACAGCUAGGAAAAAAGAGAAGUAUUGGCGUGAUAAAUAAAGAAGCUCAGGAGUUCAGGAGAGUCAGGACUCUAUAACUCAUUUAGCUAGCUGUUCUCUCUCUCUCUCCCUCUCCCUCUCCCUCUCCCUCUCUCUCUCUCUCUCUACAAAUUAAUUGAUAAGUAUAUAAGUGUGAGGUAAGAAACUAGCUACAAGGAAUUAAAAAAAUGUUUGAUAGAAUAUGUGAAAUGUGGAGAGAAAUGAGGAGUAUAACGGCAAUGGUGGUGGUGCAGAUAGCUACGGCAGGGCUAAACAUAUUGUUCAAGCUUGCCAUGGAAGAUGGUAUGAACCCAAGUGUACUCGUGGCCUAUCGUCUCUUAUUCGCUACAAUUUUCAUGCUUCCUUUGUCCUUCAUAUUUCAAAGGAAGAGGAAGCCGGAGUUUACAUGGCGUCUGAUGUUACUAGCAUUACUCUCAGGGUUACUCGGUGUGGUAAUACUGAGUAUCCUAACCAUUGCGGGUCUGGCUCUAACGUCAGCAACAUUCACCUCUGCUGCUGGCGUUCUCACUCCAUUGAUCACUUUCAUCUUCGCUGCACUUCUUAGGAUGGAGAGUGUACGGCUUGGGUCGAGCGUAGGGUUGGCUAAGGUUUUUGGAACAUUGCUUGGUGUUGGUGGAGCUCUUGUUUUUAUUUUCUACAGAGGAAAAGAGAUUCAUCUAUGGUCAACUCACGUUAACCUAGUGACCCAACCACGUGAUGCUGCUACCACUCACCAUAUCUCUAUCUUUGGUGCUCUUCUAGUUUUUGGCGGUAACAUUUCCAUUGCACUUUGGUUUUUAUUGCAGGUUAAGAUAGGAAAAAUAUUUGGAGGGGCUUAUUGGAACGCGACACUAAUGAACAUGAUGGGAAGCAUAGUGGCUAUGCUUGUCGCUCUUUGCUGGAAACACGAUUUAAAUGAAUGGAGAUUAGGAUGGAAUAUUAGACUCUUAACCAUUGCGUAUGCGGCAAUUGUGAUUUCUGGGAUGGUGGUAGCUGUUAACGCAUGGUGCGUCGAGUCUAGAGGGCCCCUAUUUGUAUCGGUAUUUAGCCCUGUAGGACUAGUGAUCGUAACGCUUGUUGGAUCAUUUUUGCUAGAUGAAACACUUCAUCUUGGGAGCAUCAUUGGUACAGUGAUUAUCGUGGGAGGAUUAUAUCUUGUGCUAUGGGGUAAAAACAAGGAAAUGAAGAGUAUCCUUACGAUAACCUCGGAUCAUAUUGAAACAAAUAAGACUAGCAAAGACAACACCCUCAACAAUCUUCCUACAUUAAGUACAAAUGUCCCUUGAAUCCUCCUCUUACAAAUCGACCAUCGAUCAAUUUAUAAUACUCGUUAUAUAUUGAACAAGUGAGUGUUAACAGGAUGCUUCUAUCUAACGACGAUUUAUUAUAACCUUUGUAUGCCUUUGUUCUAUACCACAUUAAAAAAAGAAUCCAUAUUUUCAGAUGUUUGAUUAUUUUCAAAAAUAAGACAAAAUUGUAAAAUCUUUAUUGGUUCUACUUAGUUUCUGUUUUGAGGCAUA